AUGGAUUCCUGUGAAACAAGUGAUGUCGAAUGGAAUAAUCCUGAUAAUACAUAUGUCUGUCUAGAUAGCAAUUUCAGUUCGGCAACUGAUAAUGUUAGUGAGACGUCUUUAGUAUCUAAUAUCAAUGAUGAUAAUAGUCAUAAGUUCCUUUUUAAUUAUGAAGCAUUUCAAAAAACUCGUGAAAGUAUACAUAAUAUUAAUGAUGAUGUUACUACAAAUGACAUAAAGGAUGAUUCAUCAUUUAUAAAUUCAGAAAGAAAUCGCAACGAUUUUAAUGCACAAGAAAAGAAUUAUGAAAUUGAUGAUAUUUCAUGUGAGAAAUUAGUUCCAUGCGUUGUUUUAGAUAUUUAUGAUGGAGAAAUUCGAUGUUGUCCUAAUUAUGAAAACCUCGAAGGAGGUCAUCUGUUUAAGAGAAAAGGAACUGGUGUUAAAAGCUAUACUUGCCAUGACCAGCAUGUUGAUGAAAAUAAAAAUGCAUUUAUUUUACUUGGACGAUGGUUAACUGCUAUUGCAGAAUCUAAUGAUAAAGAAUUAAAGCAAGAUACUUUGAAUGAAAUGACCGUAGUUCUUA